CUGAAGUGAACAGUCAUUUCCAUUGCUCCGUCCAUGCAGCCAGAGAGCUUCAGAAGAUCCACGAGCAGCAACACAGUAGGGAUGGGAUUACUCACCAGCGUCCUCCCGCACUGGAUCCACAUCUAAGGAGAAGUUUGGGGCACAAUAGGAGGUUGUGGAAAAUCAAUUGUAAGUGAUCAUGCCGUGCGUCCAGACCCAGUGCGGCUCGUCGCCUCAAGGAGCCAGCCCAGCCUCCCAGAGCUCCGGCGGAGAGCGCAGCUGCGACUUCCUCACUCCGGAGUUUGUCAAGUUCAGCAUGGAUCUUACUAACAGUGAAGUGUCGGCUGGAGCCUCGGGCCCCACCUUCGGCCCCCUGGCGGACUCUUACGGCUCCGGGUACGACGUAAAGCCCCCGUGUCUGUUUCAGAUGCAGGUCCAGGGGGAGCUGCCGUGCGUCAAGGUGGAGGAUGCGCACGGGUGCCCGCGCUAUCAGCCAAAUCAGCACCCUGCGCACCAGUCAGACGAGCUCCUUUCUUCCCCGAGUCCCGUUUAUUACUACCGCUCCCCCUCCCCGCACUCCUCCCUCACGCCCAACUUCCAGCUUCCGUCGGGACACAUUUGGGAGGACUCCGGCUCCCUGUACAGCUUUCGGCAGGACUAUUUGGCGGCGCACAGGAAAAACGCGCUGUCCAGGUUUUCCCUGCUGUCCCUAAAACACGCGCAACACGACGGCCAGAGUUUGUCCACGUGCCAGGUGAAGUUUGACGGAGCUCUGGCGCACCAGCAGCUGGAAACACCCACCGUUUUGGGCUCCACCGGCCUGUGCAAACAGAGCGGUGUUGGAUUUGCUCACCCACUCCAUCUCGCGCACGGCCACCACUUUAUGGAAUACCAGACUUCUUCUGCGCCCGGCCGAGGACCGCUGAGCUCAGAGGGGGUGUGCGCGGUAUGCGGGGAUAACGCAGCCUGCCAGCACUACGGAGUGCGCACCUGCGAGGGCUGCAAGGGGUUCUUCAAGCGCACAGUGCAAAAAAAUGCCAAGUAUGUGUGCUUGGCUGCCAAAAGCUGCCCUGUGGACAAACGCAGAAGGAACCGAUGCCAAUAUUGCCGUUUCCAGAAGUGCCUCGCAGUGGGAAUGGUCAAAGAAGUGGUGAGGACAGACAGCCUGAAAGGUCGAAGGGGUCGCUUGCCGUCCAAACCCAGAGCUCUUCCAGACGCCUCCUCACCUGGCAGCGCCCUCCUGAGCGCCCUCAUCAGGGCGCAUGUGGAGUCCAAUCCUCCACCUUCUCGCCUGGACUACUCCAAAUUUAAAGAGAAUCCAGGAAGUCCCCCAGGAGACGAUGCUCAGCAUGUCCGCCAGUUUUAUGACCUCCUGACCAGAUCGAUAGAGGUUAUUCGGGGUUGGGCGCAGAAGAUCCCGGGUUUCACCUCUCUACCUAAACAUGACCAAGACCUUCUCUUCUACUCUGCCUUCCUGGAACUUUUUGUUUUACGGUUGUCGUACAGAUCCAACCCAGAAGAAGGGAAACUGAUCUUCUGUGAUGGGUCAGUGUGGCACCGGCUCCAGUGUCUGCGGGGCUUUGGGGAAUGGAUUGACAGCAUUGUUGAAUUUUCUGCCAAUCUGCAGAGGAUGAACCUGGACGUCUCCACCUUCUCCUGUAUAUGCACCCUCGCACUGGUCACCGAGCGGCAUGGACUGAAGGAGCCAAAGAAAGUUGAGGAGCUACAGAGCAGCGUGGUCAGGUGCUUGAAGGACGGCGGGACAAGCGCGGAUGGAGGCUCGAGCUGUUGGUCCAAUCAUUUGUCCAGACUUUUGGAAAAGCUGCCGGAACUUCGCACUCUGUGCAUCCAGGGCCUGCAGAGGAUUUUCUACCUGAAGCUGGAGGAUCUGGUGCCGCCACCAGCCAUCAUAGAUAAGUUAUUCCUCGACACGUUGCCAUUUUAGAGACAAGAAAGGACACACACGGGGACGUUUUUCUGUGGUUUUCUCGCCAAGGACACUGUAAGACCCCUUUUCCCGAUAAUAAUUGCUGACUAUCUGGAUGUUGUGUGCAAAAAAAUAAGAAAUAAAAACAUUUUUAAAAAGUUAUACCGAACCAGAAGAUCACAUUGGGAUGAGAACAAGUCAAAUGAGAAGCGGAAGCAAUUUAAUCCAAGAAUUGUGACCACUUAAUUUCUAAAUAUAACGUCACUGAAGCAUGCUGAUGACUUUGAAAAAAAGGAUUAAUUUCAUUGCAAGACUGAAAUAAGCUUUUCCUACCAUUAUUACUCUGUACAGCGUGAUUUAAUGCGCCCGUCAGGCCAAAAUUAUGGACUGCAAGUGACUCAGACGACUUUAUUUUACGCUUUCUCCUGCUUCUCAUUGUGUACAAAGGCAUUUUGAUACGAGACAAGGCGUCCCAUCAUGUUUAUUAUUGAUUAAUAAUAUUCAUUAACCUCUGUUGUCUUCUCAGAGUAAGAUGUCAUUGUCCACACUUUCAUAAAUAAAAGACUAAAUGAAGUUA